CAUGCACGCGGCAGCCGCAAACUCGCUGUGACGUCACAGGAAGCGGUGGGCUGCUUCCCAACGCCAACCUGACAGCGGCAGCAGCGGCAGUUAAUCGGACUUCGCAGCACUCAUAUGCGUGCAUUUUGUCUGUUCGCGACACCGGUUUUACAACCCGAUCCCAUUCCCACUUUGGACGGAACCCUUCCCGUGUGGGAGGGGUCACCUGGCAUCCAGCGCAUGUAGAGGAAACAGUCCCCGGAGGCUCCGAGUGUGUCUGUCCUCCAAAGGGCAAGUUGAAAUUUAGUGGGCCUUUAGCGCACCUUCACUGUAGUACAACCUUGUGCUGCAACAUGUCAGCCGGCACCAAGCCAUAGAGGAUGGAGACGUAUUCUUGUUAAGAGAAGAAGAGCCAUCAGGCCAGCUGAGAAGUUAAAGAUCUGCAGCUGUUGGAUCUUCAAACAGCGUCAAAAUGGCCAACGGGAAGGUGGAGCACAUUGCGAAGAAUGGACUAGUGGCACUUAUGCUAAUGUGUUCUCUGACUAAGAUGUGUGUGAUAGCAAGUCUGGAAGUCAAUGAAACUCAGCAGCACCAACCAACCAACGUUUAUCACGACAUGGGAAUCACCAGGCACAAGAUUGUCACGGCACAAUUUGAGUGCUACCAAAAGAUCAUGAAGGACAACCCUCCCGACAGACUUGAGCCCAUGUGUAAUCGCACUUGGGAUGGCUGGUUGUGUUGGGAUGACACCAAGGCAGGCAUCACCUCAGAACAACACUGCCCUGACUACUUCCAGGAUUUUGACCCUUCAGAGAUGGUCACCAAGAUCUGCACUGAGAGUGGUCACUGGUUUUUGCAUCCCGAGAGUAACCGCACAUGGACCAACUACACACGCUGCAAUGAACACACCAGUGAAGGCAGAGUGACAGCAAUGAAUCUUUUCUACUUGGCUCUCAUAGGACACGGGCUCUCCCUGACCUCCCUCUUCGUCUCUCUCGGGAUAUUCUUCCAUUUCAAGAGUUUAAGUUGUCAGAGAAUCACACUUCAUAAAAACCUCUUUUUCUCUUUUGUACUCAACUCUGUGAUUACCAUCAUUUGGUUGACAGCUGUUGCAAACAAUCAGGAACUGGUGCAGAGGAAUCCAACAAGCUGCAAAGUAUCCCAGUUCAUUCAUCUCUACCUGUUUGGUUGCAAUUACUUCUGGAUGCUGUGCGAGGGAAUUUAUCUCCACACGCUCAUCGUGGUGGCGGUGUUUGCCGAGAAGCAACACCUCAUGUGGUACUAUCUCCUCGGCUGGGGCUUCCCUCUUAUUCCUGCUUCCAUCCAUGCCAUUGCAAGAAGUUAUUACUACAAUGACAACUGCUGGAUCAGCUCCAAAACAUCACUACUCUAUAUUAUCCACGGCCCCAUCUGCGCGGCUCUCCUGGUCAAUUUGUUCUUUCUACUGAACAUCGUAAGAGUGCUCAUCACCAAGCUCAAGGUGACCCAUCAAGCCGAGUCCAGCCUCUACAUGAAAGCCGUGAGAGCAACCCUCAUCCUGGUGCCACUUCUGGGCAUCCAAUAUGUUCUGCUUCCCUACAAGCCGGAGGGGCGCGUUUCCUCAGAAAUCUAUGACUACAUCAUGCACAUUCUGAUGCACUACCAGGGUCUGCUGGUCGCCACCAUCUUCUGCUUUUUCAACGGAGAGGUCCAAGCAGUUUUACGGCGCCACUGGAACCAGUACAACCUCCAGUUUGGCAGCAGCGUCGGAAACCAUUCGGACGCCCUGCGCUCGGCGUCCUACACGGCCUCCUCCAUCACCGAGGUGCAAGGAUGCUACAGCAUCGACGGCCACUCGGAACACAUGAACGGCAAAGGAUGCCACGACACGGAUGCUUCCAUCCUAAAGUCGGAAAACCCCUUCGCCUGACUGCAACCUGACCUCAGACUCAACCUUAAGCAGCUUUGGUACAGACCACUGAGACUGGACUGUUCAGGGUUGAAGGAAAAAGACUACAUGCAACUCACCAUUCUGUCACGUUGACACGGGCCCAUUAAUUGUCAUGAUAAAUGUGAUAUACAGAAGGCCUUUUAUUACAGUGCAGUACAGUGAGUGCUUUUGAUCUGGUUAGUGCCAAAUUGACAAGUCCUUGCCUGCCUCAUUUGUCAGGGGCUGGAGUCUGAAGGUUCUCCCGGAAUUGUUGUUUAUCUUUUUCUUUUAUCUAGCUACUUCCGUCUGAAUUUUUGUUUUAGGGUGAAUGUUAGAACAAAAUUAGCCCCCAACAUCAGUUUCACAGAUGAAUACAAAACUGUCUGGACUGCCUCCACCAUAACAGGACACAUGAAAAAGUCUUGAGAACCCAUGCACGAAACUAAACAGGAAGUUGUCCUUUUUGGUAUGUAUCCGCCAUUUUAGGCACAUUUCUCCACUCGUAUGCGUUACAAACUCCUACAAGGGAAUUCACCUAAAUAAACCCCAACUGGGACUGACUAUCCUAUAAGGUGAGUGGCGAUAAAUUAAAGUCAGGUGAUUGUAUUGGUACACCAUGAGUGAUCUUCGAUACAUAGUUUUUUGCAAACAGCACAGUAAUGAGUGUAACAUUUGUUCUCUACACUAGCUAUACUCCUCUUCUUAAGAUUUUAACAAGUGGAACUACAGUAUUUUACCCAAAGGAGCCCUAAUUGGAAGUACAGUACAGUAGAAUCCUACACAUCUAGGCAACGCCAUAUUGCAUCGUGUAAAAGUUUGAUCAUUGUUUCAUGGAUUCACCAUGAAAAAAUGAAGCUUAGCUUUAUUCUUUUUUACCCAUAUAUAACAGAACAGAUGUUAAAUGUAACAAUAUUUUCAUACUAUGUCAUAUAUUAUUAAUUUAUCCAUUGGUAUUUUGUUGAUAAAAGUAACAUUACUGUAUUUAUUUGUGUUGUUGGUACGCUUACUUUUUACUUUUGCUUUGGCAACUUAACAAACCUUUUCAAAGCAUUCAUGUUUUUUUUGUCAUUGUUUUGGAUUUUGGAGCAAAUUAGUUCAGAAGCAGAAGUUUAUUACACAUUUUUGAAUCAAGUAAACAGUGUCAUAUGUACUCUGCCUUGGCCGGACACACUGGCGGUGUUCUUGGAAGUAGGCCGGGGACAGAUAACAAUCAUGAAAUAUUUUUUUUUCCAUACCUACCGGUAAUUAUAUUUCUAUCUAAAAGCAGUGCUUUUUUAAAAUAAUGGACAACAACUUCAAACACUGGAAAGAGAGGAAAAAUUCAUCUAAUCAUCGAUCAAUGUUAGUAGGAGUUGCAACAUUUUAAUGCAUAAAAGUUUGUUACUGUUACUAUUGAACACCACUACAGUGCCACAUGAUUAUUGAUACAAUCAUGCUUGAACAUUGUAUAUUGCUUGCCAUAUAUUGGAGAUUUCCAUUAUGUGUAAAUUUUGUAGUAGAGUAAAACGUGUGAAGGAGAUUGGUAUAGAAUAUCGCAUAGAGCUGAGUUGCUCCAAGUAGUAAAUUGUACUUGAACAUUCAACACUUUCCAUAUUGUCCAUGAUGCCGCAAAUUAAAAAAAAGAGCAUUUGUAAAUACGCUAAAAAGAGUGAACACAUGAGUAAGACUUGCAUACGUGUGUGCGCAUGGUUUCUAUUUACAAUAUUUAUGAGUGCGAUAUACUCCAAAGCCUUUACGUGUGGAGUAUUAUGUGACAGACAGUGUGUGAGAUGUUAGUUGAACAGCAAAAAAGGAAAGUACAAACAAAGGCAACCACUGUAUUAUUUAGCAUCAUGCUUUUUAAGGUUCUCGCGUCUUUUCUAUUGAAUGUGGGGAGAAUCAGUGUAGCUUCUCCAUGGGCCACCAUAUUCUCAGCAAACAUGCUGUAUCUGUAUUUUGUAAAUAGUUUCUUCAACAUCCGACCAUGAGAAUAAACUAUUUCAUUUUUAUAUUGGACAAAAUUCCCAUCUGUGAAAUAGCCAUAUGAUUUUCUGACGCCCACCACCUCACCAAUAUCUUCACAUUGAGCUAAAGAGGAUAUAUAUAUUUUUUAAGUUUUAGUCAUUGUUGGCAAACAGGAACAAACAUGCACAUGAAACAGAAUGUAUGCUAUCGCAAAAGCAAGUCAAGAGUUUUUGAAGGCAGUAGACUGAUCCAAACCCAAUUAAGCAUGGAAAACCAUUAAUGCUGAUAGUCAUCGAAUUUAAAAAUAUCUGUUUCUGCCCAAAAACAAUGUAAAUGAUUUUUUUUUUUUGGUAUAAGCUCUGCUACCUAUAGGAUGAAAAUUCAAUGGUUCCAAGAUGUUGCAUUUCCACUGACAGAAGAUGGAAGGUUGGAAUUUACCAGGUGGUGAUGAAUCCUAUCCCACGACCCCUGUGAGGAUAAGCGGCUUGGAAAAUGGGUGGAUAGAUGAUGUGUUAUAAUGGUUUUGGGAAAGUAUCACUGCCAUGAGGACUCCAUUUUGUAUUUAUGUACAGUUUGACUUAUUUUUAUGAUCCUAAAAGGAAGUUUUGAAGUCCCAGUGAGCCUUUGAGGUAUCACGGUGUAAAGUACUACGACAAAAGCAUUUGGGACAGUAUUUGUCAUUUAUGUUUAUACUGUACUGUAUUCUACUUCCGGUAGUCUUAAGUGACACCUCUCUGCUGUUUGAAUGUAAUUGUUGGCAGAUUCUGUGAUGUGAAAAACCAAAUGAUUUACAUCCAAUGUCUAUUUUUAUUAUUCCACUGAACAACAUUGCUAUAGUGUAUUUAUCUUCAUAUGACAAUAUAGCACAGCACUUGUUUGUUGUUCAUAGCUUAUUUUAGUACGUUUUUAUUUCUUAAGUUCAUUGUGAUUGAAUAUAACACCACCAUUUUCUUACACUGACCUAAUAAAGGUA